AUGGAAACUAUACCCUUAGAAAAUGAGGAUGAUGAUGACAAUUGGUGGAAAAAAGAUGUAUCUGAUAAUGAUGAUAUUAUUGAAGAAAAUGUUAGUCAUAAUUUAAGUACAGAUUCUGUUACUAUUCCAACUCAUCAUAAAAUGGAUUUUGAAAACUUAAAAUCUUAUAUUUAUCCAACGAAUUUUGAAAUACGUGAUUAUCAAUAUAAUAGUGUUAAAAAAGCAUUUCAUGAUAAUUUAUUAGUUGCUUUACCAACUGGUCUAGGUAAAACAUUUAUUGCUUCUACAAUUAUGCUAAAUUUUUUAAGAUGGUUUCCUGACUCCAAGAUAAUUUUUAUGGCACCAACAAGACCAUUAGUUGCGCAACAAAUUAAAGCUUGUUGUGCUAUAACAGGAAUUCCUAGUUCAAAAGUUGCAAUUUUAUUAGAUAAAGCUAGAAAAAAUCGUCAAGAUAUUUGGGAAUCACAAAAUGUAUUCUUUACUACACCUCAAGUUGUUGAAAAUGAUUUGUGUUUGGGUAUUUUGAAUCCAAAAUCAAUAGUCUUAUUAGUUAUUGAUGAAGCUCAUAGAUCAAGAGGAAAUUAUGCCUAUAAUAAUGUUGUCAAAUAUAUCAAAAGAUUUAAUGAUUCAUUUAGAAUUUUAGCAUUAACAGCAACACCAGCUUCUGAUGUUGAAGGAGUUCAAGAAAUUAUUGAUAAUUUAAUGAUAUCAAAAGUGGAAGUCAGAACAGAACAAAGCAUUGAUAUAAUAAAAUAUAUGAAACGAAAACAAAUUGUAAAAAGAACCAUAUUAGCUUCAGAUGCAAUAACUGAAUGUACAGAGUUAUUAGCAGAAGCAAUUAGACCUAUUUUGAAAAUUGCAAAUGAAAAAGGUGCUUUAGAUAUUACCGAUCCUAAAAGGAUUAAUCAAUUUCAAUGUCUUGAAAGAUCAAAAAAAAUCAAAAUGGAUAGAUCAAUACCCGAAGGUUUAAAAUGGUCAAUGCAUUUUAUGUUACAACUUUUAGGAAUGGUUGGACAAUGUUAUAAAAAAUUGAAUAAUUAUGGUUUAAAAUCAUUUUAUGAUUAUUUUUUUGAAAAAUACAGUGAAUUUAAAAUAAAAUUUGAAUUAAAAAAGCUGAAGAACAAAUUAAAUGCAUGUUUCUACUUUAGUGAUCCUGUUAAAAAAUUAUUAGAUAGAAUACCUGAUUUAUUAAAAGAAAACCAUUAUUCACAUCCAAAAAUUGAAUGUUUAUUGUUAGAAUUGGAUAUUUUUUUCAAUGAAAGUACAGGUAAUGAUUCAAAAGCAAUAAUAUUUACAGAAUUUAGAGAUACAGCAUUGGAGAUUGUACAAACAAUUGAACAAGCUAAAAAUUAUAUGAAACCACAUAUAUUCAUUGGUCAAGCCAAGGAAAAGGAAAGGUUUGAUGAGACGAAACUUAUGACUAAAGGUAAAAAGAAAGAUAAAAAUCAACAAUCCAAAAAAACUAGUAAUAAUAAAUCAAGUUCCGAAAAUGCUCAACAGAAUGGUAUGAGUCAAAAACUUCAAAAAGAAGUUAUUAAGGAUUUCAAAGCCGGUAAGUUUAAUAUCUUAGUUGCAACAUCAAUUGGUGAAGAAGGUUUAGAUAUAGGAGAGGUUGAUUUGAUUAUUUGUUUUGAUUCUACUGCUUCACCAAUAAAAAACAUUCAAAGAAUGGGUAGAACUGGUCGUAAAAGAGAUGGGAAAGUUGUUUUAUUAUUUUCAAGUAAUGAAGAAUCUAAAUUUGAUAAAGCAAUGGGUGGUUAUGAAUAUAUUCAACAACAUAUAAUGAAAGGUGAAUUAAUUAAUCUUCAUCAACAAAAUCGUCUAAUACCAAAUAAUUAUGAACCAAUUGUAAUUAAAAAAUUCAUUGAGAUUCCAGAAGAAAAUACUGAAAUUAAAGCUGAAGAAGAUGAAGAUGAAAUUAUAAGAAUUGCAACUCAAUAUAUGUUGAAAAGUCAAAAGCAACAUCAAAAACAAAAUAAAGGGAAAUCGAAAAAACUGACUAAGAAAAGGUUCAAUAUGCCAGAAAAUGUGGAAACAGGAUUUAGAACUGUAACUUCAAUGCUCAAAGAUGCAAGUGAGAAUAAUGACAUAUCUAAAAAUGAAACUGAUAAAUCAAAAAAUAGUCAAUUGAUUCAUAAUGAAAUGGAUGUUAGUAAGACAAGUGCAUUAAUUAUAGAUCAUGAUUCCAAUUUAAAACCGAAUGAAAUAAUUAAUGACUCAGAUUUUUUUAGCGAAGAUGAAUUGGUAGUCAAUGACUUUAAUAAGUUGAAAGAUAUUGAAAAUUCACCAUCUAAAUCAAAAGUCAAUACCGGCACACAAAAAGUGAAUCAACAAGCUUCACAAAAGUCUAAAACUACAAGCAUCAUUGAUCAAUUAAGAAAUUCAAAAAGAAGAAAACUUGAAAAAACCCCCGAUAUAAAUGAAUCAUAUGUAAUUGAUGAUUCCGAUAUUGAAAUAAUUGACGAUGAAGAAUUAAAUAAAGAAAUAGAACGAAUUGCUGUAACAACAAAUCAUUCUGAAGCAUCAAUAUUUCAACUGCCUGAAAUAGUAUAUGAUGAGGAAUUAAACUCAGUCAGUGCAACUCCAAAUCAUUCCAAAGCAUCAAUAUUUCCACUAACUGAAAAGAAUGUUUUUGAUUUUGGCAACGAUGAAGAGAAAGGAAUUUUAGAUGAUCAACAAUUAAUGGAACUACAUACAAACUAUUACAUAUCAAUGGAUCCUAACGAUCAAGUAGAAUAUUAUGAUCCAAUAAUUUCAUCAAGUAUAAAAAAAUUUCGAAGAAAGUUUGAAAGUGAUACAACAAAAAGAUUGGUUUUAUCUUUAAAUACCAAAUGUGACUUUACACCAAAGUUUCAGUCCAAAUUGAAAGCAGAUUAUGAUUAUUCAUUCAUAGUUAAAGUAUAG